CAGUAGCAGUAAAAAAGAAACAAAAAGACAAAAAACCAUUUGCAAAAGAAUAAAACAGAACACACUCAACUCGAUUGAUCUCUCUCCAUUUCCAAUCAGAUGCUACCAAAUCACCAACUUACUAAACUCACGAAUUCCUUCCUAGGGCUUCAAAUUCGAUCGCUAGGGCUUUACCUUCGUCCACACGACAUCUAGGGUUUUGUCGUUCCUCGUGAUAAAUGGUGAACAAUCGUCAUGAAGAUCGCAUAGACUCGUACUUUCUGGAGCUGUGGAAGCAGAACUCGAGGAACAUCACUGAUUCGACGGCGGCGAUGGAGGAGGACGGCGACGAGUCUCCGACGGAGCUGAACACGAUCAACACCUACGGAGGUUUCUUGAACGUUUUUCCGGACAAGCUGUCGGUGCAGUACACGAGCGUCAACCUGCACGGCCACGACGUCGGCGUGGUCCAGGGGAACCGGCCCGCCCCAGCCAAGCGCCUCGUGUACUACUUCGAGAUUUACGUCAAGAAUGCCGGCGCCAAGGGCCAGAUUGCCAUCGGGUUUACCUCCGAGGGAUUCAAGAUGCGCAGACAACCCGGGUGGGAAGCAAACAGUUGUGGAUAUCAUGGUGAUGAUGGAUUCCUAUAUCGUGGGCAUGGAAAGGGAGACAGUUUCGGCCCGACAUAUACAGCUGGUGAUACGGUUGGUGGUGGUAUUAACUAUGCUUCUCAGGAAUUCUUUUUCACUAAAAAUGGGACAGUAGUGGGAACGAUGUACAAGGACUUGAAGGGUCCCUUAUUUCCUACAAUUGCCGUUCACAGCCAAAACGAGGAGGUUAGGGUCAACUUUGGGAAGGAGCCCUUUGUUUUUGAUCUCAAGGUUUUUGAAGCGCAGGAAAGAGCAAAGCAACAGAUGAUGAUUGAAAAAAUGUCUUUACCACAGAAUGUCAGUCAUGGAAUAGUUCGCUCCUAUUUACUGCACUAUGGAUAUGAGGAUACACUCAAGUUAUUUGACAUGGCUGGCAAAAGUUCUCUACCUCCCAUCUCAUUGCCUAAAGAAAAUGGCUUUGAUGAGCAAGACAACAUGUAUGCAUUGAACAGAAGAAAGACUCUUCGACAGCUAAUUAGGAGUGGUGAAAUUGAUGAAGCAAUUGGUAAACUUGGCGAUUGGUAUCCUCAAAUCAUUCAGAGGGAUACUUCAGCUACCUGCUUUCUGCUUCAUUGUCAAAAAUUUAUUGAACUGAUUCGGGCUGGGAAGCUGGAGGAAGCUGUAGCAUAUGGGAGGAUUGAAUUUGAAAAGGUUUCUGGGGUGGAAGAGUUCCGCCAAGUAAUUGAGGACUGUGCGGCUUUAUUGGCAUAUGAACAACCACAGCAAUCUUCGGUUGGGUAUCUUCUUUCAGAGUCACAGCGAGAAAUCGUGGCUGAUACUGUGAAUGCAAUGAUUUUGUCUACAAACCCAAAUGUGGAAGAUUCACAGGGUUGCUUACAUUCGUAUCUUGAGAAACUACUCAGACAACUGACCGCUUGUUACUUGGAGAGGAGGUCUUUGAAUGGGGAUCAAGGCGAAGCUUUCCAGUUGCGCAGGGUUCUUAACUGUGGUAAGAAGGAUUAGGUUAUCUCUUAGCUGAUAAAUUCUUUUUUAACCCUUAUCUCACCUUGUUCAUAUGUCCAGUUGAUCAUAUCAUGGACCAUAAGAGAAUUCAUAAAAUUGUUCAUAUAGCCAAUACUGCUUAGUUUUUUUUUUUUUUAAUCCGCAAAAACGUCUUAAAGGCCACUGCUUAGUUCCCUUGGAAAAUUUACAUGCUCCUAUCCUUGUGUAAGUUGUACGAAUGUUAUGAUAUUGCAUAUCUUGCUCAUAACUUCA